CGGUCGCUGCAGCUGCAGAGGGGGCGGAGCCUGCUGGGGCUGCAGACCCGGAGCCUAUCAUAAAGUUAGAGAGUGCUCAGAGUCCUGCUUACCUGCGCGCCGAGCCGCUUCACCUGGACCGUCACAUGAGAUAAGAUGAGGAUUUUACCUUCGUGUGCGCACUUCUACUUGACCGUCGGAGCGGAUCUCAGCCAGGUUUAUACCCAGAGGAAGACCGCAGCAGCUCCGGGGACAGCCAGGUUUUCUUCUCAGUGCUGCUUGAAGAGACACUGAUCUACUCCUUCGGUGGCUGUCUUCAUCCAGAGUCUUGCACCUGCACCAACUGCGCUCAUGGCCCACCCUUACGAGCCCUGGUUAAGGACAGCGCCAUCUAGUGGCAGCUCCGACGAAAUGAACAUCCCGUCUUGGUGGGACCUCCACCGCGACGUGCAAGCUGGCAGCUGGAUAGACUUGCAGACUGGACAAAGUGUCGGCGUGCCCUCGAUGAGUCCUGGCAGCUCCAUGGGACUCCAGCCCUCUUUAGGCCCCUACGGCUCCGACCCACAGCUGUGCACCAUGCCCCCGGCCCAGCACGCCCCCACCUCCCACUCUCCCCACCUCUACCCUCAGGAGGGCUUCAAGAUGGAGCCGCUGGGACCCGAAAUGAUGCAGCAGGAAACGUUCUCCAUGGAGGAACCGCAAGAGACCUCCGUGUCAGCUCGGCCCAAGCCCCAGCGGCGUUCGUCCUCCCGGGGCGCUGGGCAAGCCCUGUGCCGGUGCCCCAACUGCAUCCACGCCGAGCAGAUGGGCCAGAGCGCCGACGACAGCAGGACGAAGCACAUGCACAACUGCCACAUCCCCGGAUGCGGCAAAGCCUACGCUAAAACCUCCCACCUGAAGGCGCACCUGCGCUGGCACAGCGGGGACCGGCCGUUCGUCUGCAACUGGCUCUUCUGCGGCAAGAGGUUCACGCGCUCCGACGAACUGCAGCGCCACCUGCAGACACACACCGGCGCCAAGAAGUUUAGCUGCGCGCUGUGCCCCCGAGUGUUCAUGCGCAACGACCACCUAGCCAAGCACAUGCGCACCCACGAGUCCCCGCCGGGGCACGGGGAGGAGAGGGUGAAUGGGGAUGGGAGGAUGGAGAAGGGCUUUGAUGCACCCACGGCUCCGCAGUCGUCGUCAAAUGCGUCUGACAGCACAGAAGCUCAGCUGAAGCUGAAAUGUGAGACAGACCCUUCGGUUUCCAACGUGGCGGGGCAGUCGGGCUAAUUCCAUCGCUUUCAGGAGAUGUUUGGUAGUGAGAGGGUUCCCCCCCUGUCUGUCACAGAGGAGGCCUAGUUUUACGAUAGAGUAGAGAGUAGAAGAAUGGUUUGGACACACCUUUACUGAUGAGAGCUGGAUGGAACAAAAAUAUGCAACUCCUGUGGUAGCGAUAGCGAGGAUGCUACAGCACACGGGAAACACGGGGCUGCGUGCAUUCUGCAAUUAAAAGUCUCCUCUGUAGUUUUUAAAAAGGUCAAGGAGGAGCAGAAGAAGGAGCAGCGAGCUGCUGGAACCUCCAGCAGAGUCGAGGAUGGGCAAUGAGUUCAGCUGAAAAAAAGAUGUUUACGUGGAACUGGUUGAACAUGUUACUGAAAGCGAGGAGAAUAAUUGUUUCCAAUUAUUAAAAAAAAAAUAAUAGGAGACGGUAAUAUUUUGUCUAUAUUUCAUAUUCUUGCUAUAUGAAUGCAGCACACUGUACUGAGAGAUGAAACACAAUUUUAUCUUUUCUGUAAGGUUGAGAGCCAACUUUGUGUUGUAGUGUGAUACUAUAAUUUAAUAUAAUAUGAUACAAUUUAAUAUAAUAAACAGGGCCUUGCAAAACCAUUCAUACACCUUGACGGUUUCUCUGUUUUGAGGCGUUACUACCACAAAUCUAAAUGUAUUUAACUUGAUCUGUAGGAGGAAAUGGAAGGACAGUGACAUGGUUUUUAAAGUUUUUGAUUGCGACAAUCUUAAACAUGUAGCUCCUCGUUGUAUUCAACCCAUCUUUCUCUGCCACUUUUGCACUUAACUAGAGACUGAAACCUUUGCCUAAUUUGCUUUGUGUAAUAACUAAAUCUCAGGUGACAUAGAGAAUACAAUUUUCCUACUCUUCUCAGCCAAUGUUUAGGCCCAUACUUUGACUGGGCCAUUCUAGCACUUGGAUCUAAACGAACAAUGCACCUUCUCACAACUUUGCCCUGUCCCGUACGUUGCUUGUGGCCUGAGUGCACUUUCUAAGCAAUGCUUCUUCUCAGCACUCCUCCAUAAAGGCCAAGUUGAGCGAGUGCUCGGCUGCUACUUGUCCUUUCAACAGAUUAUCCUUCCUGAGCUGUUUAUCUAUGCAGCUCCUCCAGAGUUACCCUGGGUCUCUCAACUAUAUCUGGUCAUUAUUCUCCUUGUCUCUCCUGUCAGUGCAGGUGAAAAGUCGUGGAUUGAACAGUUCUCCAUGAGAUAUUAAAGGUUUGGCAUUUUGUGCUAUAACCCAGCACAGAUUUAUACUUCUCCACAUCUUUCUCCUGGACCUGUCUGCUGUGUUUCAUGUUCUUCGUGAUCCUCUUUGCUCACGAAUGUCCUCUAACAAACCUCUGAGGACUUCUCAAAACAACUGCAUUUAUAUGAGAUUAAAUUGUAUACAUGCAGACUCUUUCUACUAGUAUGACUGUGAAAUUGUAGUUUACACUGGAAUUUAUUUCAAGGUAUAUGAAUAAAGGGGCAAGAAUACAAUUGUGAACAGAGCUCAAAACCAGACAACAUGAUCCUGUCUUUCAGAGUUAAGCUACUUUGUUUUGGUCAAUCACUUGAAAUCCCCCUUAAAUACAUUAAGCUUUGUGGUAGUAAUGUGACAAAAUGUGGAAAAGUUUGCGAAGACUGAAUAUCUUUGGAAGGCACGGUAUGUCUAACAAUUUGGGAAUUUUAUAAUGUUCCCUUUUCACCUACAAAAUGGUGGUAAAACCAAAACAAAACUUGAGAACAGGAGAAUGUGAACAGGUGCUCUAGAUGAAACAAACCAAAAACAAAGAACCACCUCAGCGACGGGAAAAAAAAAGCCAUGAAACCCCAAAUGGGAAAAACAAGCGAUGAGAGGCGCUGAGGCUCCUGUCAAUGGGGGACAACAAGGAGGGAAAAAAAAAAGACACGGAGAGAAAGGUGCCGUCUGGUUAGAUGAAUCCGGGUUUCUGCUGUGACAUGCUCAGCGACAACAGACACAUCUGGAAACAGAACACAAAAACACAACCAACCACUCGGAUCCAUCCCUGUCGACACUCUAGGGUGCCGGUACUGAAAGACACGUCCAGCAUGAAGAAAUGCAAGACUUUGAGCUGCACUUCGCCAUUUCUCUUCCUAACAAUGCAUUUUAUACUUGUGUGUAAUGUGAAAGAGCUAACACCACCCAUCUCCUCUGCACUUUGUUUCAGCGUCUAUCAGCCUAUUUUGUCUCUGAUUUUAAAGUCUCCCUGCCCAGUUCCACCACGUGUGCCAUAACAGAUACGAUUUUCAUUUAUUUCUAUUUUUUAAAGAAGUAAUUAUUGGCUAGUAGUUCCACAUAAAAAAAAAAAACAUGUAUUACUGUCAGUCCAAUUAUUGUUUAGCACCUGUCAUGAAACUUAUCAGAGGACAGUUGAAGAUUUAAAAGGAAGUAAAAGCAUGAUGCUGGGAUGAGAAAACCUUUUUGGAAAAAAAAACAAAAACAAACAUAUCUCCAGAUGAGUGAGUAAACGGCAUGCUGUUUUUUGGAGCUUCACUGAUAUUUAUGACACGUUUGUUGUAAAAAUAAAAAAAUGUUUUUUA